UGUGAAAUCUAGACAGUCUAGAGCCAAUACUUAUAACUUUACAUACAAAAAUGAUCCAUGCACCCAGAGAGCACAGUCAGAACCAGCAAACCAGAACCUCCUCCCAGACACCUGACCAGACAACCCCUGUACAAGAGUUGGUGCCACUUCAUGGCCUUGGUUGCACCAAUGAUCUAUAUGGUCUCAGUUCAUAUUAAUAACAUCACAGGGGGUGUCCUGGCCAGUCCUGGCUCCAGUCGGGUUGGGGGUGUAGGGGGUCUGGCCAGUGCCAGCUGGGAGCGGGCAGGGGAUCUGGCUGGACCCCUCCAGGCACUGCCUGCGAGUUCACCCCUCUUUGCUCUGCGCAGGGGAGUCAGACACGCUGGUGGACACCUCCAUGACCACGUUGGCACAGGGUCUGUCGCACGCGGAGGAGCGCUCCAGCUGGUCAGGCAGCCAGCAGACCGUGGUGGAGAAGGAGACGGAGCCCGGCCUCCCAGUGAGGGGGCCCUACCUGCGCCCCGGUGGCUGGCAGCCGCAGGGGACCCCAAGGCAAGCACAUACGCAGGCCCCCCGCAGCGCCGAGGUCAGGCACCUGGGGGUGGAGCCGCUGCUACGGGCGUCGCGUGCUAUUCUGGUGGGCACAAGCUGGGGGUCGGAGGAUAGCCUCUCGGUGUCCAGCGACCCCUACGGCAGCGCCUUCAGUCUGUACAGAGGACGGGCGCUCUCCAUCCACGUCAGCAUCCCCCAGGGCGGGUACAGGAGAGACGACCCCAACAGCAGCACCUUGGAGCUCUCGCCGAAGCCUGGGGCAGACCCCCAAAGGCCUCUGAGCCAGGCGCUGGCCUCCAAGCCUCCUGUUCUCUGCCUGCCGUCUCCCAGGGUGGGCCAGUACCCGGCCCAGCCGCCCGGAGCCGCAUCUCAGCCGGCCAGCCAAGGUCCUGGCGUCCCCUCCCCCACGCCCCUGACGCCCCGCCGGAUGGCCCUGAUGCCGGUGGAGUACCAGGACACGGUCCCCGAGGAAUACGAGGAGAAGAUCCAGAAGCCCAAGUCUCUGGGGUACUCGCAGGCCAGCACGCUGGAGUCCCGGCCCCAGACCCCGCUGAGCGAGACCUCCAGCCGCGUGUCGGUGCUGCGGCCCUCGCCCAAGCUGGCGCGCUCCGGCUCCAAGAUCUUCGAGAAGCUGAAGUACUUCGAGGAGCGCCGGAGGAGCCUGGAGCAGAGUGACAGCCCCCUUCCGGUCCACGCCUGGCUGCCCCUCCGCAAGACGCGCUCCUUCGACCAGCCCGACCUCGGCCAGCGCCCGCUGACGCCGGGUGGCUCCCGGGAGGAGCUGCGGGAUGGGGUGCGGUCGGAGAUGGGUGGCCCGACGUGCCGGCGCCAGGCCUUCCGCCACAAGGCUGCCUCGUUUGACGAGCGGGGCCGCUUCGCCAGCCGGGUCGGCGACAUCGAGCACAGGUUCUGCGAGGAGCUGAGCCGCAUCAAGAGGACUGUCUCCAAGCAGCAGCUGAUGAGGUCACAGGAGCUGGCAAAGGCCGGUCUCCCGCGGGCCCCCUCAUCCCGGGGCCCCAGCCAGCUCUCUGCCCCCCGGGCGCUGGAGGCACAAGGCACCCCGGCCCCGAAAGGCCAGCUGCCCAAGGCCCCGCCGCCUGUGGAGAACGCGCACGGUAUCCAGCAGCUGGCCCUGGCCAGCGUAGGGCUGGGGGGGCCCGGAGACGGGGCAGAGCGGGCGGCCACGCGGAAGCCACUGCUUCGGAGCUGUGCCCUGGCCAGCCAGCCCCGGGAGGAGGCCAGAGGCAGGAGGAGUGUGGAGUCGGAAGGUGCUGAGGGCAAGAGGAAAGUGGAACAGUGCCCCUUAUCGCUGGGGCGGGGGGCCCUGCCAGAGGCCGGGACCCCCGAGGGAGCCGCAUGCCUGGAUGGGGGCCCAACGGUCAGGGCGAGAGCUGGCCGUGACGGCAGGGCCCCCGGGGCUGGGAGCGAAGGCCAGCACGGGCCGCACAGGAAGCGGGUCGCGGGCCAGGAGGUGCGGUUCUUACCCUGGGCCAAGCCCGGGCCGGAGCUCGGAGCCGGCCUGGAGGGGGCCAGGGCAGGGCUGCGCGGAACAGGCAGGGAUGCCGAGCAAAGGCAGCUGAAGGUCACAGAGAAGAAGGAAGGUGCCUGGCCGGCUCAGGAAGGGAGAGGCGCCCGGAGCAAGGGGAAAAGCCGCCGGCCCCGGCCCACCUCACCAGAGCUAGAGUCAUCCGACGAUUCGUACGUCUCCGCUGGCGAGGAUCCCCUGGAGGCCCCGGUCUUUGAGAUCCCCAUCCAGGACGCUGUGGUGACGGUGGGCGCAGAGGUGCUGCUGAAGUGCAUUGUCACGGCCAACCCGAUGCCUGAAGUGUCCUGGAGGAAGGAUGGCGUCCUGCUGAGGGACAGCGCAUGGCGCCCCAUCAAAGUGGAGGGCGAGCGCCACACCCUGCGGCUGCAGAGUGCCCGGGGGGCCGACGCCGGCUUGUACACGGUCACGGCAGCCAACGAGCUGGGGGAGUCAUGCUGCAGCGCCAGGCUGACUGUGCAGCCGGCACCCCCUGCGGAGAGCCAGGGGUCCCUGCCGCCCCCCGUGGCCCUGGCCAGCCCCAUCACGUCGGACGAGGAGUACCUGAGCCCCCUGGAGGAAUUCCCAGCGUCCGGGACCCCCCAGCACCGGCUGGCCGGGAAGCUGCAGCACACAGUCGACCUCGGCACCGCCCGCAGCCCGGUGGAGACCAACUUCAAGGCUGCCCCCACCUUUGAGCUGGCUCUGUGUGACCUGUCGGUGCUGGAGGGGCAGGACGUCAGCAUGAGUAUCCGGGUCCGGGGCGAACCCAAACCCAUCAUCCACUGGCUGAGACCGGCAGCAGGUGAAGGUGAGCGGGCGGCUCUCCGUGGCGGAGGAGGGGGCGGCUCCUGGCACCCUGCGCAUCCCUGCGGCAGAGCGUUGCAGACGCCGGCUUACUAUGCCUUGCAAGGCCAUCAACGAAUACCGCACAAGCAUGUGCGGGCCAAGCUGCAGGUCCAAGCGCACCCCGCGAGCCAGGGCCUGGCUGUGCUGGCACCGCUGCAGGACGUGACAGUCGGGGCUGGGGAGCUGGCGCUCUUCGAGUGCCUGGUGACGGGCCCGCCGGACAUGGACGUGGACUGGCUCUCACGGGGGCGGCUGCUGCAGCCUGCCCUGCUCAAGUGCAAGAUGCACUUUGACGGGCACAAGUGCAAGCUGCUGCUCACCUCCGUGCAUGAGGACGACAGCGGCAUCUACACCUGCAAGCUGAGCACAGCCAGGGAGGAAGCUGACUGCAGCGCCCGGUUACCGUGCGCCCGUCGAUCCAGCCGCUCCUUUCACCCGCAAGCUGAGGACCUGCGUUGGUGAAGGGCACGGACUGCGCGUUUCGGGACUGAAGACAUUCAGCGGCCCCC